CUGCGCUGCCACUGAAUGUUAGCAGCACCAAAGUAUCGGGCCAAAGCAUCGAUAUAUGCUGCUCGCACUGCUGAGGGUAUCGAUUUUGGCUGCCGCGAGAUGUCAACGUCCGAGGGUGUUGGGGGCCUAGUGUCCCAUUACCUUGAAAAAGGCAUAGUGCUGAUUAUCGCUGAUCUGCUCAGUUUGAUAACAGUGUCAUCCUGUCUGGUCAUUAAAGUGCCGCAAAUAAACACAAUCCGAGCAAAUGAAUCUUCCAAAGGCAUCAGCGUCUUAGGACUAUGCUUGGAGCUGUUCAGCUACACUGUGAUGAUAUCCUACAAUUAUACAUCCGGCUAUGAUUUCCUCUCCUACAUGGAGUAUCCUGUGCUGUUGCUGCAGGAAUAUGUACUCAUCUAUUAUGUUUUUAAAUAUCAGGAUUUGCUGGGCAAGCGUACACAAAUCAUUGCCGUCUUCUAUGUAACAAUUGCGACGCUCAUCUAUCUCAAGUUAUUUCCCAUUAUAAUCCUAACAUUCCUGGUGCCCUUCUGCACACCGAUCGGAGCGACUAGCAAAGUUCUGCAACUCUUGGCCAUAUUACGCACAAAGGAUGCCAGCUCAGUUAGCCGCACAACAUGGGCCCUCUCCGCCUUCACCAACAUGACCCGCAUCUACACGGUUUAUGUGCAGUCGCAUGAUGUGAUGCUGCUUACCAAUUUCCUGAUUUCCACGUUCCUCAGCUCGGCCGUCUUCGUCGCUGCCUGCGUUUACAAGAAGAAGACUAAGAAGGAUUAGAGGAGAACAAUGACAGUGAACAACACAGCUCAAAAAUACUCAAAAAAGUUUUAUGUAAAUUACAUAUUUAUGACAUUAUAUAAAGUUAAUUUCAUUGGCAUUUCUGAUUAA